UUGGAACAAAAUACAUUAAAUGUUUUUUUAACUAUCAAAGUCAACACCCUUACUUUUGAUGAUAUAUGGUUAUAUCUUGAUAAUUUAUAUUAUUCCAAAAUUUCUCGUAAACAACAUGAGGCACACAACGAACCAUUUUUUUAAUAUGCGGUACAAAGCGCAAAUUUGAGAAAAUUUAAAAAUAAAUCUGGCAACGUCCAUGUUGUAAAUAUCAAGGUUAUAUGACGUUGAACAUCCGUAUCGCUUAUUUUCAUUAUACCCUGGUAUAAAGAAUAUAUAAACAAGGAUUAUACUUACUACGUGACUACAUAUCUACUACGUGACCACCGACGCGACCGACGCGCGACGUGACUAUUGAAUUUGAAAUUCUGUUGAAUUCUAGAGUGUUUAUGAAUAUAACAAUAAAAAGAAUAUUACCUAUUACUCGAUAUACAAAAAGAUUCGCAAGAAUGUCCUCAGGUCUUUCAUACAUUGACGUUCCCGAAAAUUGCCAGCCUAGUAAUUUGUUUAAACAAUGGGCUGAUGAUUAUAAGAAAUAUACGCACUCAGGAAUAGUUUUAUUUAACUUAGCCACAUCAUUCAAAAACGGGGAUGUGGCUAACAGAACUUUGGCGCUCCAAGAGAUUUCCGAUGAUGAUGGUCUAAUUUUUCAUGCCAAAUUCAAUAGCUUGAAGGUGAAACAAAUAGAAGAGAAUCCUAAAGCUUCUGUAAGUUUUUUGUUUACAUAUACAAAUGAAACAUCUAAUAAGAGAAUAUCACAACAGGUUCGAAUGAAAGGCUUUAUAGAGAAACUGCCCCCAUCUUACAGCGAUAAGAUAUUCGAAAAACAACCGUUGUUUGCCAAACUUCGAAGUGUUCUUAUUGAAGAACAGGGUGUACCCGUGUGUUGGGAAGAGCUAAAGAAGAAACAUGACGAUCUAUUGGACAAAGUAAACAAAGGAGAGAUUAAAUUGAAAACACCAAAACAAUUGGUUUUAUACAAAAUUAUGCCUGUGAAGUACGAUUUCUACCACGCCAAUGAGAAUGAAAUUGGAGACAGGAUACUUUUUUCCAAAUCCAAAGAUGAUAAGUGGGAUCAUUAUCAUGUUACUGCCUAAGAUUUUUGUUCAAAUAGAUCGACAAGUAAAAUGUGUUUUAAAACAGUUUCGAAGAGUGCUCGCAUUUAAAGAAGGAGCCAGGAUCGUCAUCAAUAUUUUGCAGGUGAAGGGCCUCCCUGACAUUAGGGUACGUCCAUAGUGCACCGGCUUCCCGCCUGAUUUUUCCUGCUUUUACCAGGAUGAAUUAUUGUUAAUAUUUAAUUAACCGAUUAAUUUCAUGAACGCGAGUAGUACUUUUUGUAUCAGUUUAAUGUGAACGUUAUCACUAGCUAAUAAAAAGACAUAAUAGAUUCCCACGGGAUAGUUCCCUGAUGGCCAAAUGAUAUUACCUACUACUGCUAUUACUUGCUGACGUAGGCGUUUUCUUUCAUCAGCUUUUCUGUGACUGAAAAGCCCGAUACGUGAUGUUAUCUCUC